UGUGUGUGUGUGUGUGUGUGUGUGUGUGUGUGUGUGUGUGUGUGUGUGUGUGUGUGUCUUGUUGGUAUAACUGUCUGCCUGUGUAUGUGUGCAGUAUAUCAGUUUGACUUCUGUAAGUGGUUGUUUAUGAACUUGAAUGUUGAAGGCCUGUGGACUGAUGGGAAUAAAGGAAAAAAAGAAAAGAAUGCAGGAAUGAGCCUGCAAAGGAACUGCUGGAGUCUCUCCGUGUCUGUAUGUGAAUGCGUGUGUGUGUGUGUGUGUGUGUGUGUGUGUGUGUGUGUCUAUGUGUGUUUGCUUGUCCUCCACUUUUAUGUGCCUGCACUGUGCUGGCCUCAUUCAGACCUUUAAUUAAGUGCUGCUUAUGUGCUCGGCCACUCCACUGAUUCCAGCCCUAAAGGUAUACUUUAGAUGCGUAGUGUUUUUUAAAAACGCCAAAACAUUAAAUUGGAUGCUUAGGAUGAAGCAUUGAGCCAGAAAACCUACAGGAACACAUUCAAUUUGUUUCAAGCGGAGUCCUUGUGUGGAAGACAAGUAAUAUAGAGUUUUUAUUAAAAGUCUAAAAGGCUGAAGGAUCUAAUAGUAGUCUGAACAAGUUAAAAUAUGCAGCUGUCUAUCUGCAUAUCUGACUUUUUUUACUCCACUGCAGCACAUAAAAUGCAAAAACUAUGUUCAUUCUUAAACACUGAACAACAUGAUGUUACAAAGAAAACAAAAUUUGCAUUUUCAGUAUAAAUAGACAAACCCUGCAUCCUAUUGUGGAAGUCUACAAUACAGCUAAUGAGAAAGAAACAUUCAAAAUGUGUACUACAAACAUCCCUCACUCACUUCAGUGUCUUCUGUACCACUGUAAUUUGGAUGGUGGCAAAAGGAGAUGUUGCAUCAUUUGGAAGAAGGAAAAUAGAAAAUCUGCCCUUUCUUUUUGUGAGAGUGCACCCAAUGUCCCUUUAUAUUAUAUAUUACUAUUGUAUAACUAUAUAUUACAGAAGAUACUGCAGCUCUAUUUAAAAAGCUUUAAUAGCUUGUUUACAUCUGUUGUAUCUGCUAGCAUUGGAACUAUUUUAUGAACACACUGUCUUGAGAUAUGGUGGGAUCUGAAAAAUGGGAAGCGAUUUCAACUUGUCAAGCAUGUACAGUAUGUACAAUAUAUAUUAUUAAAUAGUGUAUAUGCUAUGCUGCUGGAAUGUAACUGUCUAGAUUGGGGCUGUAAGACAUAUGUAUGGUUUAAGGUAUUAUGCAAGUAAGGAAGGUUCUUUUCAGUGAGCAGGUUGUUGAAGUUGAAGUCAUUGUAUAAAUGCUAUAAAUGGCUUAUAAUGCAAAGGUAAUAUUUUAGGCCCUUGCAAUGUAAAAUAUUUCUCUAGUGCCUUUACAUUUAUUUCAUCCGUAUGUUUAUUUACUGCAGAUUAUGCUAACUUUGAUAAUAGUUUCUUCUUUGUAGACUGUAAUAGCGUUGCAUUUUGAAAAUAGCCCCAUAUGUAGUGGCUGAAAAUGUUUUGAGUUUGAAAAAACUAUUAUUCUAUAUUGUAGCUAAUAAAGUGCUGUUUUUUCUUGUUUCCUUUUCUGGUGUCCCUUUCCUACCUUCUUCCCUUUCUUUCCUACUUCCUUAGUUCCUUCACUCUUUUCUCUUCUAGUUGUCUCACUGAAUCUGAGACAAACAGUAGAGAGGUCAGUGACAGAUCUCCAACACAUGAAUCUUCUGACCAAGUAGGGGUAACACUCUCUGCCUUCAGUGGACUGAAUGAUGCAGAAUCUGGUCACAUGAUCCCACAUCAACCACAGCCACAGCUGGCAGGCUCAUCAGUCAAUAAGCAACAGCCAGAGGAGGAUGCUACUAUCUCCAACUAUGUCCUCAUUCCCAAACCUGGCAGCCUCUUAAACACCCAACAUCAAGAGAACAAUGUGUCAUCUACAGCCCCCCUUCACUUGGUUGGCUUCCCUAUGCCGUAUUCAAGUUCUGUUGACAUGUUUUGUCAAAUGCACCAAAACCAUUUGUCUAACAUGAACUAUCCAUUAGCUCCAAUGCUGGUACCUGUAACAUAUUCUGACUCAACCCCAAAUCAAAUACCAUCAUCUCAUGCCCAAAGGCCAAAUGAUGCAGUGUUUUUGCCAGCCAACAUGCCACAUUUUCUUGGACCCAGUCCUGUUUGUGCCCACACUCCAGCCUCCUGUUUACCUGUUUUUAGUGUAUUACCUGGUCAAGGACUAUACUUGUCACACUGUGGUGACGCCUCAUUAUUUCAAAACCAAGCACCAGAGGCUUCUCCUGAUUCUGUCCCUGACCAUAGACGAGCUGCUUCACAUAGUACAGUUACAGAGCCAUCAAGCUUUCAAGUGCCAACAGCUGGAAGCAAUUUCCAUUUGACACCACUAGAGGACAGCACAGACUCAGAAAAAUUCAAGUCCAGUGACUGUUUGACUGAUCGUGAUGGUGAUGACCGCAAAUUAUAUAGCCGAGCUUCUGAGUCUCUGAAGGCAACACAAACUCGGUUUGACCUUUCUCCUCAACACAGUUUCCCAGUCCAAGUCAAUACACAUCUAUCUCAAAUAUAUGCACGUCAUCAUGUACUUUCUACCAAACCAGUCAGGAGAGAACUCCUGUCAAGUCCUCUGGACUUCCUGCCCAGAGCAGCCCCCCGCCCCCCUCCUCUCACCCCCAGUGCCCCCAAACAUCCCAUACGACACAAACACGCUGAGCACCAUAGUCCAUUGCAGGCGAGAACAACUUAUCAGAGCAGCCCUCCUGAGAAGGCAGUGUCUCGGUCCUUAUUGGACGCCCUGCUCAUCACUCCAAUCACACAACCUUCACCACUGCGUUUGAGGAAGAAGAAGAAGCGUCGUAGCGUCAGUGAGCUGCAGUUGCCCAAGAACAAGAGGGUGUCUUGGCAUCAGUCUGCCACAGAAGCGGGAGACCCCCUCUUCUCCUCUCCCGUCAAUGCUGUCUAUUUGUUUAGGUAAAUUUAAAGUCUCCUAUUUUCUCCUUUUCCUUGUGAAUUGUAUAUUUGACCACGUAUCACACAACUACCAUCCCACAGUUACAUAGUUAAGCAGUCAUUCAGAAAGGAUGAAUCAAUCAUUUUAGAGAUCUCCUGGGUGGGAAACGAAGUGAACCCCCUGCUGUGUAAGGAUCAUUUGAUGUCAAAUGUUCCAAGUGUUCAAAUUAAGUGUGUGUGCAAGAAAUAUCAGAGGCAGGGAGGGCAGCUGAAACACAGACCAUCUACUGAGGUGAAGCCAGCACACACGUGUGACAUUCUUCCUCUAUCUUUCUCACUGCCUUCCAGUUCGCCCCUCAUAGUCUCUGCCUCUAUCUCUCCCUCACUUCUUCUCUUCAACUCUUUUCUUUUUCACUCACACAAACAUACAGGCACCACUCAACGUAACUAUGACUGCAGUUGCCAUAACACUUGUCUCCCAUGAGUCCCCUAACGGCCAGGCACAACGGGAAGACAGCAGUGAUCCAACUGUUGGCAUUGGCUACAGCUAUGCAUUAUGGGUGUAAUACGUCUGGGGGAGAGACUGUUGGCCCACCCAAGCUCCUCAGCUGGCGCUGAUGAACAUGCACAUACUUAAAAACACACACACAAACACACACUUGAUGUUACUCAUAGAGAGGUCAUUCAUUUUGCAUCAUUUUAAAAGGCAGUGGAGAGUUUGGGGCCCUGGGGCCACAUAUGACUGAAGAUCUAUUUGUAAGACAGAAAAACUGAAAAUGAGUUUCAAAGCCGGACUUUAAACCAAACCUGCAAGAAUAUUUUGUAUUCAGUCAAAAUAUAUUUAUUUCAAUUAAGCAAAACAACAUUUCUGAAAACAUUUUGUAAUUUGUUUUAAUCUGUUUAUUGGCCAGUUUAAUAAGUUCAAAAUAAGAGAACAAAAAUUUGUCUCUGUGGCUCUAGGAAACAAAAAUCUCCCAGAAGCAUUUUUUCCUGGAGAAGGAAAGAGGGUGUUGCCCCACAUAGAUCCAACACAAGGUUUCUCGUACUUGGAGCGCAGCGCUGUGAAAAUCUGACCCCCUUGACUCAAGGGAGGGAACGUUUGAGAAUAUAUUGCGCUCAGAACAAAAUGUAUUGCCUUUGUACUCAAAUCAAUGGCCAUGGAUAUUACAUGUUUACAUUUCUUUCACCCUGUGUCACAGCAUGUGUCACUGACUGUGAACUGAACGCCUAUCAUAGCACUAUACUAGGCCCAAUUGAUCUAUUUAAUGUAGGAUACUGAGAAAUACCCCUGGUCUUGUGAGGUCAUUUUCUCUAUUUCGUCACUUAAAUUAGUGUUCUGGCAUCGUUUGAUGUGAUCACCACUAAAUUUUUACUGCAGAGUUUCUUAAAAUUACUCAGCCUUUGACCCAAAUGUGAAAUUUAUUUUUAUUUCUUGGGGCGCAUGGAAAUGGACUGCCAAUGUUGCCGCAGGGACCCAUUCAGUUUGUCUCUUCAAGACCUCAAUUUAGCAUCCAAAUCCAUGAGACAUUUGAAUUACAAAGGGCGGUGGCAACAAUGUGUACCUGUAUGAAGCUGCAUAUAUAGUUGUUGUGGCCCUUAAUGUGGUUAAACUCCAUACUGUACCAUAAGAUCUUUGUCUCCCCUCCAUCAUUCGUACUGCUAGUCUGGCAUCUGCCUACAGUACAUCUGGAAUCGGCACCUUUGUUCAUUACACCAUGCUAUAUUUCACUCCACUGGAGUCAAUUACUCUCUGUUAAGUCAUUUAAAUUGAUAUUCUGGCACUGGUUUUGAAUGGGUGUGCUGUAUUAUUAGUGCUACGCAAACCUACUCUUCCCCUAUCCAUCAUCAGGCUGGUGGCCUGGACUCUGUUCUGCUGUGAAAGUGGCACAUGGGCAGCAUUUUUGUGCGUAUUGUAGUCACAAGUAGGAAGUGCACCGUGAAGUUGCCUACUGUACUGUUUUGGCUGUAGCUGAAUGCUGUGUUUUGGUUGGUACCAUAUUCGUCUUUGCUCUGUCAGCAGGUAGGUGGUCUGGAAUCUGUCUCUCCGUAUUUUGACAGGAACUUGAAAAAUUUAGACUGUUCCAGAGUUUUUUUCUUAUCAUUCAUGUGUUUUUUUUCCUAGUGGCUAUGAGUACAGUGGAAUUUAAAAGAUGUUUUGCUGGUGAUUACCUCUUUGUAAAUAACGGAAAAACUAACUCACAUAUUAUGCAGUACAUACACAAACAGAAUCAGCCACAUUUUGCUGUUUUGCUGUGUGAUCAUCACUCUGAAUGAGCGAGAUGCAAAUGUAUGUAUUUUGCAUUUUAAGCUGUGCAAAUUGAGUUUAUUUAACAUUUAAUGUGCAGGGGCAAUGGUUAGAGGCUGGUUGUUUUAAUGUAAUGAAUUUAAUUAAAAAACAUAUUACUUGAUUUACAUAUCAUUUGUGUUUCUGUUAUGU